AUGGUUCCAUCGUUUUGUGUCAAUGGUUGUGGUUUCUAUGCUUCUUCUUCAAACAACAACCUAUGUUCAAAGUGUUACAAUGAUUAUCUCAAAGAAAAUAUUGAGAAAUCAAAUGAUCAUGAAAGUUGUGUUUUUAAAUCAACAUCUUCUUCUUCAAUGACCCAUAAUAUUGAUAGUAUUUGCGAGGUUGUGGCAGCUGCUUCUCUUACCGACAAUCAAAACAUAAAGAUAGAGAAAAAUAGGUGCAAGAGUUGCAACAAAAAAGUGGGACUAUUAGGGUUUAACUGUCGUUGUGGAAAUGUAUUUUGUAAAAUGCAUAGAUAUCCUGAAGAACAUGCAUGCAAGGUGGAUUUAAAGAAGAUUGGUCGUCAAAUAUUAGAUAAUCAAAAUCUUUUAUGUGUGAGUGAUAAGUUAAGACAUCGAGUCUAG